GAUGGAGUGGUUGUUGCUUGUUGGUUGCUCUGUAGCUCUCGGGAUCCGCACGAAGCUCCCCAUAAGUCCUCUGUCUCGCUCUUGCCCUUGCUCUGAAUCGGUUCGGUAGCUUAGCAAUAGUAUCAGUGUUGAAAAUUAAGAAUUCUUAAAUAAUAUUGCAAUUUGAAAAUAUGAAUAUUCAACAAGAACAAACUGCAAUUUAACAAUCAAUUGGUGCAUUCGGAUAAAAACACUUUAGGUACCCCUGAAAACCGGUUCUGCGCACCUCUUGAAAGCCAGAAAGGGACAGCUAGUGCCUGCAUGUGUGUGAGUGCGAAGUGGAGAAAACUAUCUCAGACGAAUUGCAACAAUUGUGUGCGCGUGUAUUCGUGUGUGUGUGUGUGUGUGUGGCCAUUGCAGCGAUCGCAGCGACUCUACAAACUCUACACAUCACGCAUACGCACCGUAGUGCGGCGCGUACUUCCAUCUGGCAUUAUCGUUGUUAUCGCCGUAGUUUCGUCGGUUGUGUUGGCCUUUUCGCGUCGCCAUGGCUGCCAAAAGGUGUGUGCCGAACUGAAAAACGAAAAACAAACCCCAAACAGCACUUGACGGUUGAGUAAACACAACGGUGGCCAUAUUUAUAUUUGUAUCUAGGUUCCCUCGUUGUCGUCGCGGUUGUCGCCUUUUUUACGGCCAAAGAUAAGCCGUGACAUACUAAAGUUCUACGCAAAGCCCGCAUUGCGAAAGUUGUGCCGGUUAAGCAAAAAUAAAAAUAUAAAACAAAGGGUUAAGCCCCAACAGUUACUGUGAGCAAGUGCGAACAGUAGUGAAAACCGUGACCUAAGAGAAAUUGGCUAAAUUUUGGCAAAGAACUCAUAUCUAAACCAAAUACUUGAGGAGAAAUAUGGAAUACAGUGAUCUGUAAAUGAUCAAUUUGAAAUGGUCCGCAAGCUGAGAAAAAUUUAAAACACUUUGGAAUUGAAAUAGAGAGUCAUUAAACACGAUAAGAAAGCACAAGAAAGCACACCAUGCAGGAGGUUUGCAGCACACUGGACACGACCCCGAUGGGCACGCAAAUCAAAUCGGAAUCGCCGCUGAACCCGCUGCAGGUGCAAACUGGGCAGACGUCCCUGCCAGUGGGUGGUUGCGGUGGCGCGGGCGUGGUGGGUGGUGUGGGAGUGGGUGUCGGUCAGCCGGGGAUCGGCCAGCAGGGGGCGCCACCGGUGCCGACGGUGAUGCUGGUCAACAAGAUGGCACCGAACUGUGAUAAACGGACCGCCGACACGGCCUAUUGGAUGGCCGCCUCCGAGGGCGGAUUCAUCAACUCGCAGCCGUCGAUGGCCGAGUUCCUCAACCACCUGAGUCCGGAGAGUCCCAAACUUGGAACACCUGUUGGUGCCGGCGCCAUCGGAGGCGUGGGCGUCAACGUUAAUGUCAAUGUCGGGGUCGGAGUCGGAGUCGGAUAUCCGGUUGGUGUUGUCCCUCAAACGCCGGAUGGAAUGGACUCUGUGCCGGAGUAUCCCUGGAUGAAGGAGAAGAAGACAUCCCGCAAGAGCAACAACAACAACAACCAGGGUGAUAACUCCAUAAAAAACGGCCUGCCCCGACGACUCCGCACCGCGUACACCAACACCCAGCUGCUGGAGCUGGAGAAGGAAUUCCAUUUCAAUAAAUAUUUAUGCCGCCCAAGGAGGAUCGAAAUAGCAGCCAGCCUGGACCUCACCGAGCGACAGGUAAAAGUUUGGUUCCAAAACCGCCGCAUGAAGCACAAGAGGCAAACGCUCUCGAAGACCGACGACGAGGACAACAAGGACAGCCUCAAAGGUGACGAUGAUCAGUCCGAUAGUAACUCCAAUUCGAAGAAAUCGUGUCAAGGCUGCGAACUGCCCUCCGACGAUAUACCCGAUUCCACGUCCAAUUCCCGGGGCCACAACAACAACACCCCGAGCGCCACCAACAACAAUCCGAGUGCUGGAAGUCUAACACCCAACUCAUCCUUGGAAACGGGCAUCUCAUCAAACCUUUUGGGCAGCACCACAGUAUCCGCAUCGAAUGUGAUCAGCGCCGACUCCAGCGUGGCAUCUAGUGUUAGUUUGGAUGAGGACAUCGAGGAGAGCAGCCCCAUCAAGGUGAAGAAGAAAGACGAAGGACAGGUCAUCAAAAAGGAGGCGGUGUCCACCUCGUCCAAGGCCUCGCCCUUUGGCUAUGAAAACUCCACACCCAGUCUGGUCAGUUUUCGACGGGACUCGGAUGUCGCCGCCGUCGGGAAUGCACCCGCCAGUAAGGCGGGCGGCAAAAAACGCUUUCAGAGUGCGGCCAACGCCAUUGCCACGCCCACGCCACUGACGGACAGCAGUAGUGGGAAUGGAAACGGGAAUGGGGGUGGUGGUGGCCCAGCUGGCGGCUAUUUUCCAGGUUACUAUCCCAGUCCCAAGCAGCAGCAGCAAAUGCAGCAGCAGCAGCAACUGCAUCCGCAACAGCAGCAGCAGCCGCAGGACUAUUACGGCAAAUACGACAUCGAAUUCGCCGCAUCGCCGCACCACAAUCCGCACAACAAGCAGCAGACGCUGCACGGCGAGUAUCUGAGUCCCAAGCCAAGUGCGGCCAACUUCCAUCAAAACAGUCAGCAUCAGCAGCAGCAGGAGCAGUUUUACUACAACUACAACGAUACCAACGGCAGUGCGUACUUAAGCCACCAGCAGCAGCAGCAUCACCAACAGCAUCACCAGCAACAGCAGCAUCAUCAUGUAGCCGACUUUGAGGCGCCCGUCAACGGACCGAGCAACUUCAACAAUGGCGCCUACUACGACAACAUGAGUUUUCAACAACAGGCCCAGGCUCACCAACACCAAUCGGUUGUGUUUCAGCAGCAGCAGCCACACCAGCAAGCGGCGGUUAAUCACCAGCACAUGCAUCACCUGGGCGCUGGUGAGACCUAUAGCGCUCUAGGCCUGCAGAUGGAGAACUGCGAGGGCUACAACAACUUCGGGGGCGCCGCCAGCGGUGGGGGGUACUACGAGGUGGGUCAGCAACCCCCCGGUCCAACCACCCACGGCCAUGGCCACCACCCCCACCACCACGUGCAGGUGCCGGCGCAGGCGCACCCCCACGUGCAUGCCCACCACAAUUCAGCGGCGAUUCCCGCAGGAGUGGGCGUGGGACCGCCGCCAUCGCACAUCCAUGGAUUCGCACUCAACGGGGGAGCACCUGGUCAGGGUCAGGGAUUCGGAAACAAUGGGGGGACUGCGGCUGGGACCGGGACUGCGAUCGGUGGCCUGGAGAACUCGAAUAGCUCGGACUUCAACUUCUUGAGCAAUCUGGCCAACGACUUUGCGCCGGAGUACUACCAACUCAGUUAGUUCAUGUAGGAAGUGAGCCAGAAGGCAGUGUAAAUAUAUCUUAGCCUAAUUCGCCGAGCGGGCGUGAGUCUUGUAAUUCUAUUCAGUGUCGUAGUCUGUUAAGCACUUUGUCCGUAGCACAUAUCUGUAUAUACUAAGCUAAAGACUCAAAUCUAGACAGGAGUUCUAUUCCACGGCUACGAUCCGAUUCUAGGAUACAUAAAACGAAAAUGUCUUGAUUUCGCUUUGGCUUCAAGUCAAGCGGAAUGGCUAUCUUAAAAAUUCCAUUUAGAAUAAAAGAAGAACCGAAAUUGUAUAUAGUUAGUAAAAUUAAAAUACUUUUACGCAAGUCCUAAUCAAUGAAUAUGGAAUACUGAAUUACCUUUUAUUAAAUGUGUUUUGUAUAUAUCUGAAGUAGCCUAAAUCAAAACGUAAAAACAAGCCGUCAUUAAAUCUAAACAAAAACUAGGAAUAAAUAUUUGGAUCGCCCACGAUUCAAGUGCAAUUUCUCUAUAAAAGAACUUGAUUUAGAAUCCAAAGCCACUCUCAAUUAUUUCAAUGUUUGUCAUGUUUGUGUGUUGCUUCACAUUUCCCAUAAUAUUAAACAAAUAUAUAUUAUAAUAUAAUUAUGAUUAUAAAUAUUGUCUU